GAGAUCCCAGUUCUCCUGUGUUCAUGUCCCCGCCCCUUCCAUCGCUCUCUCCGCAUCCCCCAAAUGUCGUGCCGCCCGCCGUAGCGCCGGGCUACACCCCGAAAGUCUCUUUCGACACAUUCGAGAACCCCGUCGCGUCCAUGUUCUCGUUUACACUGCAAGUCAAGACGGCGGGGUAUGUGAGGAACCGCCACACGCGCGUGUUUCUGUGCGCUGCGGGACCCGACGAGAGCGGAAAAGAGGCGCUGGACUGGUCGCUGGAGGCGCUCGUGCAGGAUGGUGACGAGCUGGUCGUGUGCCGCGGGAUCCAGGAGGACGUGUUCGAGAAGGACCACGACCCCAUCCGCGAGGAGGCGCGGCAACUUCUCAUGCAAGUUCAGGCUAAGAGCGUUGAAUACGACCCCGAUCGCAAACUUUCAAUCAUCGUGGAAUUCAUUCCGGGCAGGGUGACCGAGACUAUCGAUCGGCUGAUAGCCUUGUACCGCCCGGAUAGUGUCGUCGUCGGCACGCACAGCAAGAAGGCGUGGCAAGGCAUGGUGCUACGAGGGAAAGGCGGGAUGGGCAGCGUCAGCAAAUACUGUCUAACACACUCACCUGUCCCCAUCAUCGUCGUGCGACCCGAGCGCAAGACGAAGAAGUCCGUCGAGAAACGGCGGGCAGAUCCUAAGCGGGGCACCCAUUUCGACGUGGACGGAGACCGCGCAGCCCCGCCACCCAUGAACAGACAUGGCAAGACCUACGACGUUAUCGGCAGUCGACCGCUGGGCUCGAGCGGUCGUGGGAACCCCUGAGCGUUCGCGGCAUCGCUCUGGUGAAUGUGGCCACAGGUUCCACCCUGAUCAGGAAAUACCCUGUACUGUAAGGUCAUAAAUUGGCACUAAUAUCACGAGAAGACCAUGGACGAUGUAUUUUAAGCUUUGUAUUCUGAAGCCAUUGGAGUCUGUUACAACGAAAUCACACUGCUAUACUCUCUGAA